UGCUUAUGCUUAUGUUCUUUUUUUUUUUUUAUCUUUGUAAAAUAUUAGAAUCUUGAUCAAUGUUGUGGAUUAGAAGAGGAUAUUUAUGUUCAUUAGCUGAAGAGUAUUAGGCAAUAAGAAUCUUGGUCUUGGAUUCCUUUGAAGAUUUGUGAUAAGGAUUAAAGACGAAAUGAUGGAACCCGAACUCUGUUCUUCAAGAAUCUCGUCAAAUUUUCGAGAAGAGAGUGGUGAUGAAGAGCUUACAGUUCUUCCAAGGCAUACAAAAGUUAUUGUGACAGGAAACAACCGAACAAAAUCUGUUUUGGUUGGUCUUCAAGGUGUCGUGAAAAAGGCUACUGUUCUUGGCGGUUGGCACUGGCUGGUUUUGAAGAAUGGGGUCGAAGUGAAGCUACAAAGGAAUGCUUUGAGUGUUCUUGAACACCCUACGGGUCUAGAAGAUGAUGACAAUUUCGAACUAGAUAAUUCUAGUUGUGGCUCUGAUGUUGGUGAAAAAGAUUAUUUCUUCUCUGCACCUAUGGCGUUUAGCAAACCGAUCAAGCCAAGGUUUCGGUAUACAAGACCUUGGGAUGAUCGAACCUCGUCAACAAAGAUUAUUAACCGCACUAGUUACAAAGUAGCUCAAUCCAGUAUCUAUCCAAGUUAUUCUAGAGUCAAUUUUGCGAAGCUUGGAACCAGCACGUUAUGGCGAUAUUAUAGCACCUUUAACCUGGGAAACAUGCAUUCUAAUCCUUCAAAGGAACACCUGGUUAAUGCCAUCCAAAAGCAUUUUGCUUCACAGCAAGUGAGUGAAGUGGAAGUGAUAAUGGAGUUCAUUAAUGCUGCGAAAAGACAGAAACCGAGAAGAAUGCAUAGGGACCGAAGUUGAGAGGAUAAUUGCUCGCUUUAGUUGUAUAAUCUAAACGCACACAUACUGUCUAGCCUACUUUAUGCUAACUGAUUUAAGUAACCUCUGAGCUAGGAAAUCUUAUUUGUCAUGAACUUGCUGAUCAUUAACCAGUAAUAUUGUUCACUUGGUGUAUAAA